GUGGUAGGAGGCGGAGUUCCGUGCUCCUGGCUCUGACCUGUGCCCUCUGAGUCCCCCAGCUCUGCCCCGCGCUGGUUCCGCAGGCGCCAUGGGACAGCUGAUUGCCAAGUUGAUGAGCAUCUUCGGGAGCCAGGAGCACAAGGUCAUCCUCGUGGGCCUGGACAACGCCGGGAAGACCACCAUCCUCUACCAGUUCCUGACGAAUGAGGCCGUCCACACGUGUCCCACCAUCGGGAGCAAUGUAGAAGAGGUCGUUCUGCGAAAGACCCACUUUCUCGUGUGGGACAUAGGGGGACAGGAGGCUCUGCGCUCCACCUGGAGCACAUACUACUCAAACACGGAGUUCAUCAUCCUUGUGGUUGACAGCACAGACCGGACCCGGCUGCUGACCGCCAGGAAGGAGUUGUAUCAUAUGCUGGCCCACGAGGCUCUGCAAGAUGCCUCCGUCCUGAUCUUUGCCAAUAAGCAAGAUGUGAAGGAUUCCAUGAGCACCACCGAGAUCUCGCAAGUCCUUACCCUCGACUCCAUCAGAGACCACCCUUGGCACAUACAGGGCUGCUGCGCCCUCACUGGGGAAGGGUUGCCCGCUGGGCUCCAAUGGAUGCAGUCUCAGGCCACUGCCAACUGAUGCCCCAGACCACGUCCAGCGAGAGAUGGAGCGGGGUUUGCACGCACAAUGGGGGUGGAAAACCCAAGGGACUAUUUCUUAUUUUCUUAUGAUUCUCUGGGGUGACCAGUGAGAUGGCCAUUCUCCUCCAACCCCUACCGAGGAGCGGGUGGCCUGCCCUGAAAUGCUGCAUCCGGACA